CGACAUGCCGCCGUCGCUGCUGCUGCUUGCUGCGCCUUCUUCUUCCUCUUCUUCUUCCUCGGCGUGAAGCGAGGCUCCCGGGCCGCCAUGAGGAGCCCCGAGGACCUGGAGGGCUUCGACGGCGAGGCGUCCAGCACCUCCAUGAUCUCCGGCGCCAGCAGCCCCUACCAGCCCACCACCGAGCCCGUCAGCCAGCGCCACGGGCUGCGCGGCCUCCGCUGCGACCGCGACUACCUGCGCGGUACCCCCGGCCGCCUGAAGAUCGCCCAGGUGGUUUUGGCUUUGAUUUCCUUCAUCUGCAUAGAGACCAUCAUGGAAUGCUCUCCUUGUGAAGGACUUUAUUUUUUUGAAUUUGUCAGCUGUAGCGCAUCGGUAGUUACUGGAGUUCUAUUGCUUAUGUUCAGCCUAAAUCUCCACUCAAGAAUAUCACAGAUCAACUGGAACACUACAGAUUUGGUCAAUACUGGAAUCUGCACUUUUUUCUUCUUCAUUGCGUCGAUAGUACUUGCAGCUUUAAACCAUAAAAAAGGUGCAGAAAUUGCAGCUGUGAUAUUCGGGUUUUUGGCAACCGCAGCCUAUGCUGUGAAUUUAUUUUUAGCAGUUAAAAAUUGGAGAAACACCAACAGACAGCAAAACACGCGACAGACCAGUGACUAUAUACGUGCUCGGACAGAAUCCAGAGAAGUAGAUAACCGUCCAGAGAUUCAACGUCUGGAAGGGUGAAAACGGGAACUUCCUGAAAAAGAUUUAAAAAAAAAAAAAAAAAGCCUGUGGACCUAUGUUUUAAAGCAAAGAAGAUGCCGACGAUAAUUUUUUACAGGCAGUAAAGGAGAACGUGAUGGCCAAGAGCAUGUUCAAAGAGAAGGAGGUGGAUUAAGAAGCAAUUAUAUGAAGGCUAUAAUGACAAUUGCAUAUAUUUUUUUUUGCCCGUAAAUAAUGGAGGAUGGAGAUACAUCAAGAGUGGAGAAAGGGAUGCAUAACAUCCAGACCAAAAAAAAAAAAAAAAAAGUAGAAUUAAUUCUAGCAAUAGAUUGUAUUUUUGAAACAUAAUUUUGAUGUUUGGCAUCAUGCACUGAGAUGAAAGAUAGCAAGAAUAUAAAUUGGCUAUUGGAUUACGAAACUGCUACAUAACAUUUUCCAACAGGUUUGCCAGGUUACUUUUCGAUCUCACACUCCUACACUUUCUCUGUGUCACUGCAACAAGCAGCCAGCUAUAUUAGACUUUUAGCUGGAGGAUCAGGUAAUACUACAGUAACUUAACGAUUUUGACUGCAAAAGAAAACACCAAGCGCCACUCCCUCUGUGGUUACAAGUUAGGUACGACCUGAUAUUGAAUCCUAUCACCUGUUACAUUCGUUCUCUUUUUGUUUUACUUUGAAAGAAACACAAAGUAGAUAUUGGAGUUGUUUGUGUAAACAUGUAUAGACAAUGUUUUUCUUUCUCUCCCUUUUAUGUUCAGCUACAGCAGAGGUCUUCAAACUUGGCAGCUUUAAGACUCUUAGACUUCAAUUCCCAGAAUAGCAUAGCUGGCUGGAGAAUUCUGGCAUUUGAAGUCCACGAGUCUUAAAGCUGCCAAGUUUGGGGACCCCUGAGCUACAGGAAAGUCUCAUUGUGGUCAGGGCUUAAUAACAUUUGUUUUGCAUCCACGGAUCGCUGUGUUUCUGAAACUGUGCAACUGUCCUGAGAACUUAAUUGGUUUGGCUGCUAAUUUCUAUUGUCCAAAUUCGGGGUGAAAUGUAUUUCUGAGUUAAGCUGUUAUUGUAAUGGAAUGUGGGAAAGACUUUGGGAGACAGAGUGAAGAGAUGCUUUCCAGGGAAACGGUCAGAAAAAAAAUCCCAGGAGAGUUGGAAGCUGGAUAAUGGUUCUAGAAUGUAUAAAGAAGUUCAGAAGAGACCCAACUUUGGUCUGUUAGAUUCUGUUAAAAAAUAAAGUUAGAAUCUGGUUGUGAUUCCUGUCUAGUCUACCUGAUGAGGCUGACUUAUUGUGUUUCCCCAAAAAUAAGACCCUGUCUUAUAUUUUUUUGAACCCUGAAAUAAGCGCUUGGCCUUAUUGCCAUGUGCUCAAAAGCCCAGUUGGGGAUGCCUUAUUUUGGGGGAAACAGAGUAGUUGGAGGCCCUUAAACGGUAACUUUCUGGAUGUCAGAUCAGGCAUGUUUGAAGUAUGUCUGCAGAUUAAGACUUAUUUUGGCCAGUGAACAUAGUCAAUUAUGUGGUUUGUUUAGUUUAUAUUCAUACAAUAUAGUAACUCCAAUUUUCCUUCCACCUUUGUUUGAAAAGGGAGAACAAUGCAUUCUGCGAGUCGGGAAUGUAGAACCAGCGAUUAGAUUUGUCUCUCUUGUAUCCGUUGUGUAAUGGUGAUCACAAAAUUAAUGCAGUACUCUAUGUACCGUAUUUUUUGGAGUAUAAGAUGCACCCAUUCCCCCCCCCUAAAAGGGGGUGAAAAUUUAGGUGCGUCUUAUACACCAAAUGUAGCCCCGCCUACCCAGUGGCCCCCACCCUUUGGCCUCUGCGUCCCAGCAGUUACCUCCUUGCAGCAAGCAAGAAGAAACAGCUUCUUUCAGCUUCAGCACAGCCUAAUUAGGACAAGUUGAUUGGAUCGGCUCCUGACUCUCAGCUGUUUUGCUCUCAGCUGUUUUGCACAGGCCUCUGCUGCUUGCUGCAAGGAGGUAAAUUGCUGGAGCAGAUUUUUUUUUUUUGUGCUAAUCAAGUUAUGCUGAAAACGAAAAUGAAAGUAAAGGAGGCUGUUUGCUGUUUGCUGCAAUGAGGCAAAAUUGCUGGGAGGCAGAGGCAGAUUUCUUUUUCUUCUUUUCCUCACCAAAAAAGGUAGGUGUGUCUUAUACUCCGAAAAAUACUUUGUUUUUAAAUGACUUUUUGGGAAAGACAUCAGUUCAGAUAAAAAGGGCAGGAUUUUAAGCGUCAUGUACAUAAUCCCAAAUGGUUUUUUUUUUUUUUAAAUCUUUGGUACCGAUUCAAGCUGCAUUCAAAACUACUUUUGGAAGAGAAGUUCUAAAAGCAGCUUAAAUUAUGACCUGCUGGGGGAGCAAUUGCUAUUCCAAAAAGUUAGCAAAACAUGUGAUGCCGUAUAGCAAUUUCAUUUCCCCCCCCCUGUCAGUAGAUGAUAAGUAAAAUAAACAAUGGUGAGAAAAUACAGGGAAAUUUCACUGCAAAAAUAUCACCUGAAUUCCCCUUUCGUCCUGCCAGUAAAAUUCUGUACUGUAAAUGAGCUUUAUGAUAGAAAACGGCAACGCAAGGCAGGAUGUGUACUUAGAAGCCUUUAGAAUUCAUCUUAGUUCAGCUCAAUUACUUAGAGAGAAAAACUGAUUUGGCCCUUUCUCUUUGGUUCUGCCACUAAAUAUAUGAGGAUUGUAUGAAAAGUAAUGACUCAACCUUAUUGCCUCCUCCACCAAGGUAGGCUUAGAAGGAAUCAUACGACAAGAAAUGCUAGAAUUCUGUUUUAUUCAUAGAAGCUAUAGUUUAGUUUAGUUUCCUUUAUUUUAUUGUCAUUGCACAUGAUACGACGAAAUUAAAUGCCAUCUUCAGUGUACAUUAUAACUAUAAUAAUAAAAAUCUUGGUAGUACAGUGGUCUAAGGCACCCUGUUAUUAAGCUGGUUAUUAAGACCAGCUGCCUGCAAUUACUGCAGGUUCGAAUCUCGCCAAGGCUCAAGGUCGACUCAGCCUUCCAUCCUUUCUAAGGUAGGUAAAUUGAGGACCCAGUUGUGGGGGCAAUAAGCUGACUUUGUAUAAAUAUACAAAAGGAUGAAGGCUAUUGCUGAGCACACAUUGUAAGCCGCCCUGAGUCUCCGGAGAAGGGCAGCAUAUAAAUCAAAUUAAAAAAAAAACAAAAAAACGCAAACAUACAUCCUUUACAUUCUAUAUAAUUGAAAAUUGAAAACCCGAUAUUGCACUGUACCGUAGAAUUCAAUAUGAUUAUUGCCCUGGGAUAGAAGCUGUUUUUCAUCCUAUUUAUCCUUGUUUUUAUUAUCCUGUACCCUCUGCCAGAUGGUAAUAGUUCAAAAAAAAAAAAGAGUGCCCAGGAUGAGAUGGAUCUUUUAAGAAUGUUUUGAACUUUCACAAGGCAGUAAAGCUCUUCCAAAGAGGGGAGAGGGCAACCAAUAAUCCUCUGGGCAAUGAUGUUGACCCUCUGGAGUGCUGUCCUAUCUGCCAUUGUGCAAUUGGCAAACCAUACACAGGCGCAGUAAGUUAAAAUACUCUCUGCGGUGCAGCGGUAAAAGGCCACCAGCAGUUUUCCAUUCAGUUGUUGUUUGCUGAGAAAUCUCAGGUAGUAUAAUCUCUGCUCGGUCCUUUUGACCAGUGCUGCAAUGUGAGCACCCCAGGUCAGGUCCUCUUUUAUGAUAACACCUAGAAACUUAAAACUGGCCACUUGCUCCUUUGAUAAGCAAGGGCUGGAUGUCUGAUCUAUUCCUUCUACAGUCCACUAUAAGCUCCUUGGUCUUAUUUGUGUUAAAGACCACAGGCGUUUCCCCUUCCUUUCCUCUUAAAUCAAAGAAAAUCAAGGCAGGGCAAUUUUUAAUUCCUUCCCCAUUGUUUCUUGUUUUCCUAGGCUAAACUCUUCUAACAGCUACCCCAUACUUUUCCAAUGUAAUCUCUCUGCUCUUUUAUACUUUGUGAUGAUGUUCCAUAGAUAGCGAUGCUUAGUUUCUGGGUGACAGUGAUGAACCUAGUUUUCAUCAGCUGUCACAAUGCUGUGAAGAAGUUCCUUCUCUUGGUGCGACAACCAGUUUUCAAGUUUUGAAGGUUCCGUUUCUGCCAUCAUUCUGCAAGACACCCAUCAUGCUCAAACCUUCUGAUGCAGGAGAACAUCCAUAAGGUGACCUGCUAUCCGUGAUUCUCUGGAACACCAAGGUUGACAGCCAUUUCACUUUGAUCCGCUGAUCGUUCUUAAAUCGGUUCAUCAACUUUUCUUCCGUGAACUCUUGCUCUCUCACGAAUUGCGCACUUCGGCCUUGCCUCAGACAAAUCAACUCUUCCCAAUUCAUCAUCUUUGCAUUUACAACUUCACAAUUUUUGUUGGCUCGUUCGGCAGUGAAUUUUAGUUUAGUGGGAUUCCAUCGGCAGUCGAACAUUCAAUCAGUACGUUGCCUAAAGAGCACGGAUGAGUUCCCAUUUGCAAGUUUCUAUUUCGCAAACAAUAAUAGCAAGACAGUUUUUUUUUUCUCUUCGUAAAAUUUUCUACCAAUUGAAGUGGGGGAAAAAACAGAUGGUAAACAAUAUGUUUCUAAUAUGUAGGCAGUAACAUAUACUGCUGAAGGCAUUACUUUUCAUUCAAGACUUGUAAUUUAAGUAAGAACCCACCCUCCGUAACAUGCAUUGCAGCUGUGUUUGGGAAUAUGAUUAUUGUGUGUUACAAGAGUGACACUUAGCUAAAAAAAUAGACAUUUUAACAUUAUCGUGUAGAACAGAGGUACGGUACAUUAAAUUGCCUUGAGAAACUUAACCAAAUUUGUGCUUGAUAUUGUCAGAAAUGAUAAGCAUUGGAAGUCUGGGUAUGAGUAUAUAAAAACCUAUUAUAGCCGUCUUAGUCCACGAGGGCAAAAGUCCAUAAUCCACAGAUAAUGAAGAAGACCAUCUAAAACACUUUCUCAACCUUGACAGCUUGAAGAUGGGUGGACUUUAUCUCCUAGAAUUCUGGGAGCUGAAGUCCACCCACUUUCAACCUUCAAGCCAAGGUUGAGAAACACUGAUCUAGAAAACCAGUCAUCUGGAAAUCCUUUGUCCAACAAUAUUACAAAAGAAAAUACGGGGGAAGAAGUAAUGUUUGUAUAUCCUAGCGUAGUAAUUAUUAUUUUAUAUUUCCAUGUGAUCAACCAUUCAACUCAAUGCAUUAGGAAUGUACCCAAUCAGAGCUUUGAUUCAUAGCCUUAUUGGUUUUCUAAAGCUUCUAAUGACUAAAUACAUUUAUAUAUCACAUUUUGGAUGAGUGUUGGAAAUUAUUUACCUAGCCUAAGUCUUGUAAUAUCAAGUAAUGUUUAUAAAAACAUGAUUAAAGUAAUGUCCUAGAAGCUAUAUACUUUUUAGCAAUGACUUCCAUUUUAAGAAUAUUCGGCUUUUAGCUAGGAAAAAAGGCUUUGCAUAGUACUCUUUUUAUGAGACAGUUUUAUUUUUAUGAGAUAAGAACACUGCCUUUUCGGUGUUAGUUAUCUUAUGUUUUUCAUGAAAAAAGGUGCUCAGUGUAUUUGAACGGCUGUGGUCAGGUUUUAUUUUGUAGUUAAUUGUGAAGAUGUAAAGACCCAAUACACCAUCCAGAUUGUUACAGUUGUGGCUUGCGGUAUUUAGCUAAGGCUUGUCUUUACAGCUAUGCUAAUAUCCAUAGAUGAAAACUAAGAAGCUGGAGUGAAACUAUUCCUAUUCCUUCCUCUUGACAGCUGCGAUUGAUUUUGGAAAAUCAGCUCACUUUCUGGAAUAAUUUAAUUCAGAUGGCUUAUGAGCCCCAGAAAUAAAUAGGAAGAAAAAGGAAUACUGUUUUUUUUUUAAAAAAACCCACUAUUUGUAAUAUUUCUAGUAAACUAAUGUUUUGGAGUUUGUCUUGCCUUAUUUACAAUAUUGAUUUGAUACUAGAAGGAGUGCAAACAAAAACAGAAUCCGUGUCUGGUUUCCCUUGACUAGAAAACGAUUUCCCUUCUUAAUCUGCCUGGCCCUAUGCACAAGAUACGAAUGUGCAGUUCCGCCAGAAAAUCAUUCAUUUUUCUUAAGCUCCUGUCCCUUCUAAAAAAACCUUCUUUCCAAAUUGAGGACCAUUUGCAUGUGUCGAGAACAAUUCCACAAUAUUCAGCCAGCGUGGUCAAGACUGCAAGGUAGGGAAAGUUGGGUGUAGCUAACUUGUGUGAAUUUGGUGGUGUUUAAUUUGGGAUAAAAUCCGAUAAAAGCAUUGAAGAGGGCAAAACAUCUACGGAGAUUCUCAACCCACCAGGUCAUGGUUAUUCCAAAGGUGCUUUUCAAAAGGCAACUGGACUUCCCUGGUUUUUUUUUUCCCUUGAAAACAUUUUGUUUCUCCUCCAAGAAGCUUCCUCGGUUCUAUCAGUUCAAUCCUUUCUAUCAGUUCAAUCAAUUCACUUCAAUCCUUCUGUUCCCCACCAGUGGUGGGUUUCACAUUACGUUACUACUGGUUCGCCGUGCACACACACUUGCUUCAUGCGUGCAUGCCUGGUUUAUGCACACGCCUGCCUUCCGCACAUGCGCCCGGCUUCAAAAACGUGCCUAAAUAGGAUGGCAUAGAGCCGGUUCGGGCCGGUUCGCCCCAAACUGACUGAAUACCACUUCUGUUCCCCACCAUUCAGUCAGAACUGCAGAAGCUUCUUGGAGGAGAAGCGAAACGUUUUCAAGGAAAAAAAAAAUCAAAGUCCAGUUGCCUUUUGGGAUAUCUAAGAGGGCAUUGUGAGUCCUAGCUUAUUUCUGGCUAUCAAGAAGUCUUCUGUUGUGGCAUUUUAAGAACCCUAAGUAAAAGUACUGUAAACAGAGCCUGUUCAGAGGUAGAAUAACUCAGAUUGUACAUCUUUUACAUUCCAUUAUGUAUGAUCUCUGUCCACUGUUCAUAUUUGGGACUGGAAUAUAUAUAUAUAUUCCACAUAUAUAUAUAGGUGCUCUUGGACCUCUAUACAUUGUUGUUAAAGCAUCUUGAGAUGAAAAAGCGAAACUCGUGUUAGGAAGUGGGCAUCUUGAUUCGGACACCUGUUUCAGUGACUCUGGUAAACCCCACUUACACUUCCUCAACCUAGAAUAAAAGAUGCACUUAAAUCGUCUUAUGCGGAUACUUCUCUUCUGCAUUAUUGUGGAUGGAACCUAUUUGUAUAUAUUGAGGUUUAUGAAUUGAGAUAUGAUACGAUGAUGAGAUGGUAAACUGUAUAUUUAUUGUUCACUGUUAUUGUCCCAGUUUGGCUAGAGUGCCUUUUUUGUACGAAUAUCCUUUGUGUGUGAAUGGCAUGAACCCUUCUCGGAGAUCCUUCCAAACAAACGCUAUUUUUAUAAUCGCAAAUUGCUAAACGACAACUUUUAUUUUUUAGUUCUGUUAAAACACCAGCCUUAAUGGAUUCCUCAGCCUUUUUUAAAGCCUCUGCUUCCCUGGGCAGAAGUUGAAAAAUGCCAUUGCAUUGCCAUGGGCAAACUCUAAUGUUGUUUAACGUGCGAUGCAAACCUUUUGGUAGGUCUAGAGAAAGUGUGUAAAAAAAUGUGGAUUUUGGUUGACAAGGGACCAAGUUAAAGCAGGUAACACAAUUCCUGGGGUAGCACAAGUGCUAUUAUGAAACGAGGGGCACCAGUAGGUAAAGAGAGAUGUUUUCUCCUAAUUUAAAAUGUUUUCAAAUAUAUGGUAAGUUGCACUUGAUUUGUUUUAGAGGAGUCUUUUGAAAAACGAAGUAUUGGAUUGUUUCAAUACCCGCUCCAAGGCACUAACACUGUGUUCUAGACUUUUUCAGAAAUCAAACUUUUGUGACCAAAAAUAUUACCUAAAUAAGAUUAUCAACAAGCUAAUAAAAGACAGGUGAUUUCAAUUUGAUCCUUUCCUUCCAGGGUGAAACCAUAUUUAAAGUAUCACGUCUUAAGUUAUUGGCUAUUGUGAAAUAAACAUUCCUCCUACUAAGAAAGGCUUAGAAAAGCUUGAUUAUAUAGCAUGAAACACUAUUGAAGUCAAGUCCCAGGGACUUAAUUUUUUUUAAAAAAAAACAGCAACUAUUGCAAAAGUAUGCCUAGUUACCAUACCAGCAGUUUGUAAGCAAAAAAAAAAAAAAAGGCAAGAAAUUGUUUAAUGCUGUGGAUUUAAGUUACGGUAAAUAUAAUUAGAUCUAAAGUUUGAAUAUGGUUUCAGUUACAAACCUGGUUUGCUGGUGAGCUGAAUCAGUUUUCAACUGAUGAUGGGAUUCAGCCGGUUCAGGCGAGUUUGGGCGAACUGAUUGUUAAAUUGCUGGCUGUCCCCCCCCCUUUUCCAGGAAACAACAUGCGCCCCAUUUUGGCUCCCAAGUAAGUGCAGGGAGACCUACCAGGCCCAAAAUGGGGCACGGGGGGGGCCCCCUGGCCCGUCCCCCUCACCGCCUGUUCUUGCUCCCAGGAGGCUGCAGGGAGGCCAAGUGCUGCCUGUCACACCCCCUGGCCACGCCCAUCAUGGCCACACCCACCCAGCUGAUCAUUAGGCCUGAGAAGCGGUUGUUAAAUUAUUUGAAUACUACCAAUGAAUGUGACCUACAUUGUAUCAGAUAGAAUAGUUUGUUUUCUAAGUUUUAUCUAGCAGAAAAUCACAUCUUUUCAGAGAGAAAAAUCUGCUUUCAAGAUUGUGUGGUCAGCAGAUAUAAUUUCCCAUCUGAAUCCUUUGCCGUUUAGAUUGGCAUGCCCUUCUGAGCUCUGCAGUUUGGGGAACAUAUUUUCCAAUACGGUCCACGGAGACUUGGUCAAAAUAUCAUUUCAAUGGCCUGGGACUACAACAGGAGGCUUCAUAACCUUCUGUUACUACAAAUGGUUCAGAAACUGCUAUCGGGCGACUUCAAGAACACAGGAAGAAAUCUGGUGAUCUUGCAUCUGCGUAGUCUAAAUAUUGAUCAUUGGCUUGGCCAAUGCAGGAAUCUAGUUGUUUUCAUUUCGAACAUAACACCACCAGCAUAGUAAAACAUGGGUGGAAAACAGCGCAGUCUGUAGUAACCCGUUAGUGUUUUAUCAACUUCCGCAACUUUAAGCUGGCUGAGGAACUCUUUUGAGAGUUGAAGUCCACACAUCUUAAAAGUUGUUGAGGUUGAAAAACCCUGCAUUUGUCCUUCCGGAGCAAAGUUAAUCAUAUUCCACAAAGUUCCUGUGGUUUCAAGACUUAUCUGUACGGCCUUUUGCUUUAGUACCAAGAAAAAAAAAAACUUGAGCGCAGAAAGUUUCUUCCUGCAUAAAGAUACUCUUUGACAUUCCAUAUCUGAGGAUUUCUGUCUGUUGUGUGAAUAAGACGUAUAUCCAUUCCAAAGUUUCAUGAAGACAAAUAGCAGUUGUAUGCCAUGCACUUUUAAUUUCCAAUAUUACUCUGCAUUUAUAAACUUCCAAGAUGAAGGAUUGUAAUGAUUUUUUUUUUACUUAAAACUGAAGGCAAUCACCAAAUUGCUGCUUGGUCAGUUCUGGUUUUUAAAUUUAUUCCUAUGUGGUGUAUUUUUGUAUAUUGGCAUGGUUUAUUCUGGGUAAUGUAAAAUUGACUAUGAGUAUCCUCCUGCCUUUUGAUCUAUACUUUUUUGGGGGACGCACCAGGAUAUCGGAUUCUAUCAAAUUCUCAUGGUACUUGUCUAUUUUCAUGGUGUGUUUUUUUAAAAACCUGUAUUUUUGUAUGUAGGACAAAAUCAUAAGCUUUCGGAGUACUAAUCUCAUAUGGAAUCAUUGUAAAGGAUUUAAUAAAUGGGUAGGAAUAAA